AUGAAGACUUUGGCCAUCUUGGUUUUCUGCUCCCUGGCUGUCAUGUGUCUGUCCUCAGACUCCACGGAUUCCCAGGGUGACGACGACAACAACAACAACAACGGUCGUCGUGACAACUACCGCCUGUACGACAGCUACGCUCGCCGCGACAACGGCUACUACGACAACGGCCGCCGCGACAACGGCUACUACGACAACGGCCGCCGCGACAACGGCUACUACGACAACGGCCGCCGCGACAACGGCUACCACAACAACGGUUACUAUGACAACGGUCAUCACGGUGUGUUUGUGGAUCAGAGGCAGGCCGCCGCCGUCGUGCAACCCAGGGCCGCUCCUCGAGAAUUGACCUUGACCCAAGUGGAGAACCUGAGAGAGGUGUGCGAGACCAACUUGGCUUGCGAGCACAUGAUGGGCACAUCCGGAGUCGUCGCCGCCUACAACGCCUACUACGGCCCCGUCCCUUAUUAG